CCACCACGGCUACUCUUUGUUUCGUCUAAUAACUGAUUUUGUCGUUCCAUUUUGGUACCAAAUCGUUUUUCUUCGAUUUAGGGUUGUUGAAUCGGGUGAAACAUCAUCUGGGUUCGACAAAUCUCUUUGCUUUUAACAAGAUUUAUCGUUUCUUGGUGGGGUUUUCAGCCAAAUCAAGUCCAUCUUUUUUCCCUCUCCCUUCUUCAAUUUUCUAGGGGUUUAGGGAUGAUCUCGAUUUGAGUUCCCCGAAUUUCACCCCUCUUUGUCAUUUUCUUGGAAUUGCUCUUCUGGGGUUUUCCUCAUUCUGGCCUUCCGCCAAUUUCGUUUCUUGGCAAUCACCGGUCAAAGACUCAGUCUUCUAGGACUUUUACUGGAAUCGUGUUCGAAAGUCGCAUAUCUCGAUAGGGUUGCUAGGGUAUAGUCGAUUUGGGUGACUCCAGAUUGAUUCUCCCUCAGGAUUCAUCGUCUCCUAGGUUUCCGCAGUUUCUUCCGACAAUGGCGGAGGACAAGAACGGAGGACAUCUGAGUGACGUCAGCGACUACUCGUCGGAGGACGAAGGGACGGAGGAUUACAGGAUAGGAGGCUACCACGCGGUGCGAAUCGGCGACACGUUCAAGAAUGGAUGCUAUGUGGUUCAGAGCAAGCUUGGCUGGGGGCAUUUCUCCACUGUCUGGCUCGUUUGGGACACCCAAAAAUCGCGUUAUGUAGCUUUGAAAGUCCAAAAAAGUGCUCAGGAUUACACCGAUGCAGCCAUGGAUGAGAUUAAAAUCCUCAAGCAGAUUGCAGAAGGAGACCCAGAUGAUAAAAAAUGUGUUGUGAAGCUUUUGGAUCAUUUUAAGCAUUCAGGUCCUAAUGGGCAACAUGUUUGUAUGGUCUUCGAGUACUUGGGUAAUAACCUCUUGUCCCUUAUCAAGUACAGCGAUUCUCGAGGGGUCCCUCUCCACAUGGUUAAAGAGCUUUGCUUUCAUAUGUUGGUUGGUUUGGAUUAUCUCCAUCAGGAGCUCUCUAUUAUUCACACCGAUCUGAAACCGGAAAACGUCUUGCUAUGUUCAAUGAUUGAUCCAUUGAAAGACCCUCGUAAAUCAGGUGCCCCUAUUGUUCUUCCAGCAACAAAGGACAAUACUGUUUCCGGGUCAGUCACGGAAAAGGAAACUAAAAGUUACUUGUAUAGUGCGGAUUUGACAAAGGAUCAGAAGAAAGAGAUCCGGAAAAAGGCUAAGAACGCAGCUCAAUGCGAUCCUAGGGAGAAAUCUUCAGAGGACAAUGAGAGAGAUUCUAAUGCCGAAGCAAGACCCAACGAGGACUCCACUGUAGAAAGGUCCCGAGACAGUUCUGAAACUAAGAAUGGGAGAGUAAAGGGCGAUGAAAUCACCGAGAAUGCUAGCACAAAGAGUCAGAGUAACAGGAGAGGAAGUCGUUCAACGAGGCAAAAGUUACUGGGAGCGGUAGAUAGCAAAUGCAAGUUAGUGGAUUUUGGGAAUGCUUGUUGGACGUAUAAACGAUUUACAAGUGAUAUUCAGACAAGACAGUAUCGGUGUCCCGAAGUUAUUAUCGGAUCAAAAUACUCGACAUCAGCAGAUAUGUGGUCAUUUGCCUGCAUCUGUUUCGAGCUGGCCACCGGAGUUGUCCUUUUUGAUCCUCACAGCGGCGAAAACUACGACAGGGACAAGGAUCAUCUGGCAUUGAUGGUGGAGCUUCUUGGAAUGAUGUCACGCAAGACUGCAUUAGGCGGUCGCUACUCUCAAGAUUUCUUCAACCGAUAUGGUGAGCUAAGGCACACAAGGAGGUUACGCUUUUGGCCGCUCGACAAGGUUUUAAAGGAAAAGUACAAUUUCAGCGAGCAAGAUGCAAACGCUAUGGCAGAUUUCAUCGUUCCGAUUCUCGAUUUUUUGCCCGAGAAGAGACCGACAGCCACUCAAUGCCUCACACAUCCAUGGAUUAAUCCUGGACCGAAUCUUCUGCGGCCGUCGGGUAAUCCAGAAUCCCUAGAAGAAGCAUUGGAUGAGAAGAUAGAGAAGGGAAAAGACGAGAUGGAGGCUAGUGUCAGAGUAUAGCCAUCGAGAGCUCAGAUGGUCGGAAGUCUUCUCGGGAUGUUCGAAAGUAAAAGACAGAGACAUAACCCGGAAAAAGGGUUCAUUUUUUGUUCGUUGGUCUGUUCCAUUCUGUUGGUUGGUUCAUUGCUUCUUCUUUCUCCACAUUACAAAUGCUGUUUUUCAAGGUAAAUAGGCGGCGUUAUGUCAAGUUGUGAUCAUGAGCUGUAUCUGUAUGUGUUGUCUUCUGGAACUCAGCAUUGAAACUGUUUUGUCUCUC